AGGGGGAGGGGCGGGGGGAGAGACGGUACAACGGCGUGGCCGCCAUCUUGUUGGCGCCCCCGCUCCGCGCGCGCUCCGUUUUCCGUGACGCACGCUUCCCCCUCCCCUCCACCGCGCCCGGGCCUCUGCAUUGCCCGACGGCGCAGCAGCGCGGGGGCGGCUGCUUUCUUUGCUGGACUCCGGAGCAGAGGCCUUUUCGAAAAUGUCUACAGAAGGAGGGUUUGGCGGUACCGGCAGCAGUGAUGCCCAGCAAAGCCUCCAGUCCUUCUGGCCCAGAGUCAUGGAAGAAAUCCGAAACUUAACAGUGAAAGAUUUCCGAGUGCAGGAACUCCCACUGGCUCGUAUUAAGAAGAUUAUGAAACUGGAUGAAGAUGUGAAGAUGAUCAGCGCAGAAGCCCCUGUGCUCUUUGCCAAGGCAGCCCAAAUUUUUAUCACGGAGCUGACUCUUCGAGCCUGGAUCCACACGGAGGACAAUAAGCGCCGUACUCUUCAGCGGAAUGAUAUUGCUAUGGCAAUUACAAAAUUUGAUCAGUUCGACUUUCUCAUCGACAUUGUUCCAAGAGAUGAACUGAAACCUCCAAAGCGUCAGGAGGAGGUGCGCCAGUCUGUGACUCCUGCGGAGCCUGUCCAGUACUACUUCACGCUGGCUCAGCAGCCCACUGCUGUCCAGGUCCAGGGACAGCAGCAAGGCCAGCAGACUACCAGUUCCACGACUACCAUCCAGCCCGGGCAGAUCAUCAUUGCACAGCCUCAGCAGGGUCAGACCACACCCGUGACCAUGCAGGUUGGAGAAGGUCAGCAGGUGCAGAUUGUGCAGGCCCAGCCUCAGGGACAAGCACAACAGGCCCAGAGUGGUACUGGACAGACCAUGCAGGUGAUGCAGCAGAUCAUCACCAACACUGGAGAGAUCCAGCAGAUCCCGGUGCAGCUGAAUGCCGGCCAGCUGCAGUAUAUCCGCUUAGCCCAGCCUGUGUCAGGCACCCAAGUUGUGCAGGGACAGAUCCAGACACUUGCCACCAAUGCCCAACAGAUCACACAGACAGAAGUCCAGCAAGGACAGCAGCAGUUCAGCCAGUUCACAGAUGGACAGCAGCUGUACCAGAUCCAGCAAGUCACCAUGCCUGCAGGCCAAGACCUCGCCCAGCCCAUGUUCAUUCAGUCAACCAACCAGCCCUCCGAUGGGCAGACCCCCCAGGUGACUGGAGACUGAGGGCCUGAGCAGGCAAGGCCAAGGACACCCAACACAAUAUUUGCCAUAGAGCCCCAGGUGAUGGGGACAUACCCUCCCUCACUAGAGGACCCGGGACUUGAAUGCCUCCUUCAGGCUAAGAUACUGGUGCACUACUUUCCACACCUGGGACUGAGAUUCUACAACAGAAAGAUGCAAUAUUUUUUAUUUUCUUUUUUCCAUUUUUUGUCUCCAAGGAAUCAAUAUUUCAGUAUAUUGAGCUGUGUGUCCAAUGCUAUAAAACAAGAAUAUUAAAUAACAUAUUUAUGGCAUUUUCUUGAAGCGGGUGGUUGAGGAAAUAAUUCUCUGUUUUCUAGCUUGGGCACUC